AGCUGGACCUCACUAAAAUCCGUUUUAUGUUUAAUAUUCCCCCAGCCGAAAAAUGAUCCCUAUAAAUUGAAAUAAUUAAUUCUGUGUGUUUUUGUCGAGUUAAUUUAGAUUCUUUGACCUGACCAGGAGGUCCAGCGGCCUCUCGGGUAAAACGCGGAGCGGACGCCGGGGUGAGGGAUCGAGGAGCCGGGGCGGAGGAGCGGAGGAGCCGCUGCAUGCUACGUGUACAGCCGCCUGUUAGCGCACACAGCCCGCGGGCUCCAGGACUCACAUGGAACCCGUACAAACCGGCUUUUAAUGCUCAUUUUAGUCUUUACACAGCCGAACAAAUGUGUGCAGACUGUGAGAGAAGCAGCAGUUGAAUCAGCCCGAGGGAGGACGGCUCGGACCGAGGGGACAGGAUGGAGGAACUACCUGGUGGACGACACGGAUCCAUCUGAUCGCAUCAGCCUCUGCUGGCGUCGGCUCCUUUUCUUUACUGCUUUAUUUUAUUUUUUAUCAUUUUUUUAUAUAUAUAUAUAUAUAAAAAUGAUGUAUGCGUCGAGAAGGAAGCCUGUCCUCUACUUUAAGGAGGAGAGAAGGUUCCUGUCUGGUAGAUGUACGAUCUACAAGCUGUUCGGCCUGUGCAUGGUGCUGGUGCUCGUGUCUCUGUUCUGGCUGCAGCUCAGCUGUUCGGGUGAAAUGUCCUCCACGUCCCACCAGGACAGACGUGUCGUCCAGCCGCCGCCGCCGCCGCCGCCGCCGCCGCCCUGCCCGGCCGACGCUCAGGCGUCCGCGGUGGACGACCCGUCCUGGGGUCCUCAUAAACUGGCCCUCAUCGUCCCCUUCAGGGAGCGCUUUGAGGAGCUCAUGGUGUUCGUUCCCUUCAUGCACGCGUUCCUCAACAAGAAGAAGAUCCGCCACAAGAUCCUCGUCAUCAACCAGCUGGAUCAUUACAGGUUUAACCGGGCGUCUCUGAUCAACGUGGGCUACCUGGAGAGCGGCAACGACACCGACUACCUGGCCAUGCACGACGUGGACCUGCUGCCCCAGAACGACGCCCUGGACUACGGCUUCCCUGGGGAGGGGCCGUUCCACGUGGCCUCGCCCGAGCUGCACCCGCUCUACCACUACAAGACCUACGUGGGGGGAAUCCUGCUGCUCACCAAGAAACACUACAGCAUGUGCAACGGGAUGUCGAACCGGUUCUGGGGGUGGGGGCGAGAGGACGACGAGUUCUACAGGCGACUGAGAAAAGCAGAGCUGCAGCUGUUCAGACCGAGCGGCAUCACCACCGGAUAUAAAACCUUCCUCCACCUCCACGACCCGGCCUGGAGGAAGAGGGACCAGAAGAGGGUCGCGGCCCAGAAGCAGGAGCAGUUUAAGGUGGACCCGGAGGGGGGUCUGACAAACCUGCGCUACCAGGUGGAGUCGCGGCAGGAGCUGACCAUCAGCGGCGCCCCCUGCACCGUCAUCAACACCAAACUGGAGUGUGACCAGAGCCAGACGCCCUGGUGCAUUCUGGGAUAGAAACCAGCUCCCACCGGGUUCAUCUCAUUAAGCCUCUGAGUAGUGAACCAGGAGCUACGCCUGGAAGAUAAAAACGGGACCUGGAACCUGGAACCUGGAACCUGCUAGUUUUAGUUUUUCCUCUGGGACUGAGACGAGUGCAAACUGGAGCAGAGAUGGAAAAGAAACGAACUCUUCAGGAGAUUCACCAGAAAACAUCUGCACCGUCUGGAACCACAGCGACGUUUUAGCUUUUUACUUCUGAUCUAUUAGUCGAACUAGUCCAGCACCAGGACACUUUUUAUUUAUUUUCCUGCAGAAACGAGGACUUUAAAUGAGGAAUCUUUAUUAGAAACCAGACUCGGAGGCGGAGGCCGUUUAUCUCACAUCCGACUUUAAAACAUGUUCAUUUCUGACGAAGUCGCUGCAGAUUUUUAACAUUUCCAACUUUAAUUUACUUCAUUUACGCCUGCAGACGACACCGAGGGCUCCACGUUCACACUUCACGUGCUCCGGUUUGAGGGAAAUUAAAUCAAAUGACUUGAAAGUGUUUCUGUCGUCGAGAGGAGAUGAAGUAAAUAUUUACUUCAAAAUAUAAAAUCCUUUUAAAAAGACAAGAAUCUGUGAAACCUUCCUGAAGGAGGACGAACUAAUUAUCGGAUCCGGUCUAAUCCCAGUUUAUUUUAUUUUUUGGUUUUUAUUCUUUUAUUUUGCGACGGUUGCUGGCGCCGUCUCGUUCUUCUUCUUGUGUUCGGGGGCUCUGGGAGUUUUAAAGUCCUGUAGACGGUUAUUUUAGAUGAACCAUGUGUACACUCACAGGCCAUGACGUCUGAUGCUGACUGGAUAUUUUCCUCAGAUGAUGGUACGCUGUAUUUGUACGAUGUUCAGUAUUUAUAUAAAUCAACAAACAGAAUCUUGAA